AGCGCUUUUUUUUCCUUUUCCGGCAAAAACAGAUCUAAGAAACAUGUCAGGGAAAAGUUUAUUUGGGAAAGGAAAUUAGGGUUUCGGAAAGCUGCCUUUUCGAUUAUUAUUUUUCUCAAUUGCUCCUUGUUCACAAUUUUAACAUGAAAAUUUGAACCAUUUAUUACAAUAUACUGUAUUAUAAUACAUCUCUUUAACUCUCUAUGAUUGUUCUCGGUUCUCACUGUUCCUACGGUAGGAAAAAGGAACACGCUUGUGUUUAACGAUUGUGUCAUCAUGAGCAGCCCCAAAUGCUUUUUAAGGUGAUUUUGAAUACAAUUGUCGAACCCUGUUUAUGCCUGGAUCCAAUUGUCCUCUGUUUUUUGGUGAUUGAAGAUUGUGACUGUGUUGUUCUUGUUGAUGAUUAGUUUAUACUACUAAAUUAGAUGGAAGAGCCUCACAUUGAUGUUUAUGUUUAUAUGAUAAUUUUAGUUGGAUUUCCCAGUUAAUUAUGAGUUUAUCAAAGCAUUUAAUUUGAUAUUUGAGUUAAAUGAUCCUACUCCAAUAACCCACUUUUUGGUUCUGUUUUGGAGCAAAAUUUGGUAUUACUCUCAAUUUCUUGCAAAUAAAUGUGGCAACUGGAAAACAAUGAAUAGUUGCUCAAUCCAUAUUUCUCAACUGAUAUAAUAUUUUUUGUUUCACCCUUCAAGUACCAGAGCAACACUGCAUUUUAUAAGAACAAUGCAAAAUCUUUGGCAUGGUUUCUAUAUUCAUUAUCGUAUAUCAAUCAUUGCGUAUGAGUUUCUGAUCGCCCCAAAGGGUUCAAAACAAAUCGUUUGGGUGCUGUAAAUCGGUAACAUGAAUUUGUUUCUGAUGAGUAUCUCCCAAGUGCAGGUAUCAUUAGAGCCAAAAGAUAUCAUUUAAAUUAUAACUGUCAUGAGUUCGUGGGUUCCUCAAUUGCCUCAAAACAGACUUGUAGGUAUUUUUUCGUGAAUCCUAUAGCCAUGAAAUCAGGCCAUCAACAUGGUGGAGGUGAUAAUGCUCACACAAAGAUCUUACUUACUUCACUGUCAGCCAUGGUGGCUGAGACUACAACUUUCCCAAUUGACCUGAUCAAGACCAGGCUUCAGCUCCAUGGUGAGUCGCUUUCCUCAAGCCGACCCACUGGUGCAGUUCGAAUAGCAGCAGAAAUUAUCCGUGAACAAGGUCCUCUUGGCCUUUACAAAGGCUGGUCUCCAGCAAUCAUAAGACACCUAUUCUACACACCUAUUCGAAUUGUCGGGUAUGAACAUAUGAGGAGUGUGGUUUCAGCUGAUAAUGCUUCACUCUCUAUCUUUAGCAAGGCUCUUGUUGGUGGAAUCAGUGGUUGCAUGGCUCAGGUUGUAGCAAGUCCAGCCGAUCUUGUCAAGGUGCGGAUGCAAGCUGAUGGCCGUAUGGCAAGGCACGGUAUUCAACCUCGAUAUUCGGGACCAUUCGAUGCUUUUAGGAAGAUUGUUCAGGCUGAAGGAUUAAAAGGGCUGUGGAAGGGUGUUUUGCCUAAUGUCCAAAGAGCGUUCUUGGUGAACAUGGGAGAAUUAGCAUGCUAUGAUCAUGCCAAACAAUUGGUUAUUAGAAGCAGGAUAGCUGAUGAUAAUGUUUACGCCCACACAUUAGCUUCCAUCAUGUCAGGUCUUGCGGCAACUUCUUUAAGUUGUCCGGCUGAUGUCGUGAAGACUAGGAUGAUGAAUCAAGUGGCCAAGGAAGGGAAAGUCUUGUAUAUUAGCUCUCUUGAUUGCUUGGUAAAGACAGUUAAAGUUGAAGGAAUUCAAGCACUGUGGAAAGGAUUCUUCCCGACAUGGGCUCGGCUAGGUCCAUGGCAAUUUGUAUUCUGGGUAUCCUACGAGAAGUUCAGAAAAAUUGCAGGGCUCUCUUCUUUCUGAUGUAAUGUUCUUACCCAUAAAAAUAGUCUUGUAUUCAUAAAAAACUCACAAUUCAAUGCACACACACCUAGAUUCAUUCCUUAUAUUUAAACUAUUAUAAGCCUUUCUGUGUAGUUGCCUUGUAUGGCUAAUUUUCAAACUUUUAGUAAUGGAAGAGUUACAAUUUGUUAUGAA